UAUCACGUGCUCUUUUCAUCGGUCCCUCCGUUCCUUACCGAUUUGCGGUCUCCUGUUGUUCCUGCCCUUCACGUCGUAGACUUGUCGUAGAAGAGACAUAGUGACACGCGUAGACAUGGGUUUCCAGAAUAUUUGGUACUCGCAUCCACGAAAAUACGGUCAAGGAUCCAGAUCCUGCCGUGCCUGUGCAAAUAGACAUGGGCUUAUUCGCAAAUAUGGCCUGAACAUCUGCCGUCAGUGCUUUAGAGAAUAUGCAGCUGAUAUUGGUUUUAAGAAGCUGGAUUAAGUAUAACGUAGUUGUAGACAAUGCAACAAUUGACAGAUUACUACAAUUUCUACAUCAACAGUAUCUCGGAAUUAAAUUGACAGCUAAAAAAUGAAAAUUGUAAUGUCUGGCACUUGCUAAGCAAUGUUCUUGAAAUGAAUAUAUUUAUAUCUAUGUAA